CAUAGUCCUUGGUGUGGGCGGAGCUACCGCGGCUCUUCCGGUGGAGACGUGGCUCUGCUCUGCUGCCAUAUUGACGCUAGCUGGCUAACAAUCACACAACCUGAAGUCAGCUGUAACAUCCGCACCUCGCUGCUCCAGAGAGGACUAGACACCACCACGUAGAGAAACACAGAGAGACGGGACAUCGUCUAUCAUAGAGAGAGACCAAAAAUGGUGCUGUUGGCAGCGGCGGUGUGCACCAAGGCCGGCAAGGCCAUUGUAUCACGGCAGUUUGUGGAAAUGACCCGGACACGUAUUGAGGGUCUUCUGGCUGCAUUCCCUAAACUGAUGAACACGGGCAAGCAGCACACCUUUGUGGAAACAGACAGUGUUCGCUACGUGUACCAGCCACUGGAGAAACUCUACAUGGUCCUCAUCACCACCAAGAACAGCAACAUCCUGGAGGACUUGGAGACACUCAGACUCUUCUCCCGUGUGAUCCCAGAAUACUGUCGUGUCCUGGAGGAGAGCGAAAUAUCGGAGCACUGUUUUGACCUGAUCUUUGCCUUCGAUGAGAUUGUGGCGCUGGGCUACAGAGAGAACGUCAACCUGGCUCAGAUCCGCACCUUCACAGAGAUGGACUCCCACGAGGAGAAGGUUUUCCGUGCUGUCAGAGAGACCCAGGAAAGAGAGGCCAAGGCAGAGAUGAGGAGGAAGGCCAAGGAGCUGCAGCAGGCUAGGAGGGACGCCGAGCGCUCUGGAAAGAAGGUACCAGCUUUCGGCGGCUUUGGCAGCGCCGGCAUGACCAGCGUCUCCUCAGGGUCCAUCAUCACAGACACCAUCGUCGAGCCUGAGAAGCCCAAGAUCACACCAGCUACAGUCAGACCAAGUGGACCCAGUAAGGCUCUGAAACUGGGUGCUAAAGGGAAAGAGGUGGACAACUUUGUUGACAAGCUGAAGUCCGAGGGUGAAACCAUCAUGCCCAGCACAGGAAAGAGGGGCUCAGAUGUAUCUAAAGCUCUACCACCACCAGUCAACGUUGAGAGUGUACACCUGCGCGUGGAGGAGAAGAUCUCGCUGACUUGCGGUCGCGACGGCGGCCUACAGAACAUGGAGGUGCUGGGCAUGGUCACGCUCCGGGUCUCAGACGACAAGAGCGGACGCAUCCGCCUCAUUAUCAACAACAAUGACAACAAAGGACUACAGCUGCAAACACAUCCCAAUGUGGACAAGAAGUUGUUCACAGCCGAGUCAGUGAUUGGCCUGAAGAACCCAGAGAAGUCCUUCCCUCUCAACAAUGAUGUUGGUGUGCUGAAGUGGAGACUACAGACCACAGACGAGGCCCUCAUACCUCUAACCAUAAACUGCUGGCCUUCAGAGAGUGGUACUGGCUGUGAUGUCAACAUCGAAUAUGAGCUGCAGGAGGAUAGCCUCGAGCUCAACGACGUGGUCAUCAGCAUCCCUGUACCGUCUGGUGUGGGAGCUCCUAUGAUCGGCGAUCUGGACGGAGAGUACAAACAUGACAGCAGGCGAAACAUUCUGGAGUGGUGCUUACCCGUCAUCGAUGCCAACAACAAGACCGGCAGCCUGGAGUUCAGCAUCGUCGGACAGCCCAAUGACUUCUUCCCUAUCAACGUGUCCUUUGUGUCCAAGCGCAACUACUGCGACAUCCAGGUUACCAAAGCGACUUACGUCGAUGGCGACAGCUCUGUUAGAUUCUCCUCAGAAACCUCCUUCCUUGUCGACAAAUACGAAAUCCUGUAAAAAAAUAUUCAAAGAAAAACAACAAAAUCAACAAAAAAAAAUCACCAACAAAAAAAAGUCCAAAUCUAUGCUACAGAGAAAGAUUGAAGAUUUCUUGCCUGCCCACCCUGUAUACUAUUUCAGAGACUGUGUACAUCGACGGGACUACGUCAGCCCUCUGGCAAAGCCUCUUCCUGUGGUGGAGCAGAGCAGCGGUGGUGUAUUUAUAUGUUUGUAUGAGAGAGGAUCAUCUAUAUAUAGAGUUAAUUGAAAACGAAAAAAGAAAACUACACUGAUGCUGUUGUGUUCGCCAAGCAGAACUGUAAAGAGGACUUCAGGCUAAGUAGAGGAUGACUGCGGGGGGGGUGCAGGAGAGACCAGCGGCCGUCUCCUCGUCAGUCUAUCGGUAAAACCCUGCGAGGAGCGGACCUGAGGCCACCGUAUCAGCCUCCCAAUAGAGCGAGCGCUGGUAGUCUUAACAUCCUCCACACCCUUUCUUCUCCAGUCACAUUGCAAUGGUUCAUUGAUAACGGGGUUCUUGCUUUCUUUCUUUUCAGAUUUUUCUUAUCCAUAAUAACUGCAGAGUUGUAACAGUCUCAAUCAUUAUAAGCCUGUCACUCUUUAAUCGUUAAACUAUUGUGAUUUGGUAUCUCACUUCAGAUGAUUUUUUUCUUUUCUCUUUCUCGUGAGGACACUUGAGUUUUUGUAGAGGUAACACUUCGCUGAAAAGCAAAAAAAUAUGGCUCUGUGCUCAGUAUAUUGUCUGUACUGUCUGCGGUUAUCAGCGUCCCUUUAAUUUUAACUGCUAUUUUUUUACCGUUUGCUGUAUAAUUUGUCAUUGUUUACCACUAAUCUGGAUAUUGAAAUUUUGACCGUGAAGAGCCGGACUUUGUAAGGAUUUUUUUUUCAGCUGCAGGGGCAAAGUCACCGAGUAAAAAUACAUUUGACCGUUGCAUCUGUGGAACUCUUCUCAUGAUCUUUUUUGUAACACCAUUGCAACCACUCCUCACUUUGUCAGGAAGCCAUGAUUCACUCUGGUCCAUUUAAAUCCAGCGAUCAGCCCUCAGAUAUCACAGAGUAAAAAAAAUACUUUGAACGCGGCCCAGAAACAACAUCCAAGCCCUUAAACUAACAUCCCACAAGAGCGUUUUAGAUCUGAGAUCGGAGUGGAUGCGUGCUGGCGUGCUGGCGUGAUGGUGGAAAUCUACACACACACACACACACACACACACACACACACACAGACCAGGGAUCAGAGACCGACCCACUCCCCUCAUAUCCUAAGGUAAGCAGAGAGACUACUGGAGCCCUCGCAGUAAACUCUGCUGACAACAACCCCUGUUCAUCCACCCAGUCAUCCUUUACUUACAUUCUCAUAGCACAUCAACAUUAUUCAAGAUAUAACAUUUGUCUUUCUUGUUUUUUUCUUUUUUUUCUUUUCUUCAUUUGUACUCCCCAAAUUUCAAUUUAGCAAUGGUUGUGUGGAUGUGGGGUUGAAAAUGACUAGAUUGAGCAUUUUUAACUAAAUUACUGAAGGGGAAUCUUAACAUUCCAGUGUACAAUUAGAAAAAAAGAAUCUUUAAUGGAAUAAAAUGUAUUAUUGAAAAUGUAA